AUGGACUGCAAAUUGACAGUCCUCAGAUUUGCAGUCCAGGCAAGGUGGCUGCUGGGUGCCGCCCAAUUUGGCAUACAGGUGCAUAUGCUUGAGCCUGCCGUGACGACGGUGCCGAUUGUGUCACUUGCCCUCUCAGAAUGCUACAUAGGACCUGCACCUCACUCUCCCUUCAUUGUGGGCGUCAACGCAAGAUGGUUCAAACAAUGUCAGCAAGGAAAAUGGCACCUAAAGCUCAUUUUCUGUUAUGACAGCAAUCAGCGGCCCAAGAUCAAAAGAGGCCAUCAUGUGUCUACAAAGGACCACUGGAUGGUGGAUCCUACUCAAUGGAUCCUCAACAUGUUCAACACGCAAUGGAUCACGGCUGCUGGAGAAGCUGAAGUGCAACUGGGGUUGAUGAACCAUGCGGGAGUCAUUGAUGCUGUCAUGACUGACAACAGUGAUGUGUUCGUGUUUGGUGCUCACAUGGUCCUUCAAAACUCAAUGUUUUCUACAGAUGCAACCAUCAAGCUGUACACCACCAGUUCCGUCCAGGAACUGGUGGAGCCUCGCCUUACUGGUGAUGUGUUUAAAACCAUUGCAAUUUGCUGCGGGGACGAUUACGAUAAGAAGGGCCUUCCAGGGUGUGAUUGUGAGACGGCUCUUGGCCUCAUUCGUUGCAUGGACACCACAACACUAUGUGAUGCUGUGUGUGGUGACAACUCACCUGAUCAGUCUCUGCAACACUGGCAGGAUGCUGCUUGGUACCACCUCAUGAGUGAUCCCACUGAUUUGUUUCCUGAUCCCAAUGUCAUAGAUUUGUAUGUGAAACCUGCUGUCACUCCACUCAUGGAACUGCCUGUUCUACGUUCUCUGGUGCCACCUGACCUUGCUCCACUGGCCCUGCUUAUCCACAACCUCCUUGGUUUGGAAGCAACAAAACUCGUUAGUGCAUUUUAUUCUGCUGUCUGGCCUGUGGUUGUGUUGCAUGAGGUCCUUGAGGACCCCAUCAAAAACUCCCCUUCUGCCCUUGCCUCAGGCUGCACGAGGGUAGUGUCUCACUGCCAUGCAAGGCAGCCAAAAAAGAUCCUCGCAGGUGUUGCAGGGCGUCACAAUGAUGUGCCCAUCAGUGAUCUUGUACGAGCAAUGCUCCAGCUGCUUCCAGCUGGAAGUUCCAAUGGUCCGGAUGAUAGGACUCCAUUGAACAAGUAUAUUCGAGUAUGGAUGGCUGACCAAAUCUACGACUGUUGGGUACAAACAAUGUUCCCUUCAUCUCCUUCUUCCUCCACUUCACGUCCAAAUAAUUUGAUUGACCUCACAGAUUACAUGAUGCCCUGUCCUCCGUCGUCUGCAACUAUCACUACCACUGCCAUCCCUGUUGCUACCUCGUCCUCUCUGGGUGUCACAGACCUCACAGGAGACGAAGAAGAGGGUGAUGUUGUUGAUCUUACAGGCGAAGGUGGAGACGCCGAAAUAAUUAAUCUUACUCUCUGA